AUGGGCAUCAUUACGUUCUUCACCAUAAUGUUGCAUAAAUGUUGGCUCGUCGGGUGCUUCGUCGGGGCGUGCUUCAUCCUGGAGCAUUACACCGUGGAGUGGUUCAUCGGGGAGCGCUUCUUCAAGCGAUUCGUCGUGGAGCGCUUCAUCGUGGCAUGCUUCUCCUGGCGGGCCGCGCCGUCGAAGGCUUCGCGGGGGCGUGCUUCACCAAGCAGCGCUUCAUCGGGGAACGUGCUUGGCGGAGCGCUUCAUCGGGGAGUGCUCCAUCACGGAACGCUUCCUCACAGAGUGCCUCAUUGUGGCCUGCUGCACCGUGGCGCGCUUGAUCGCGGAGGUUGGCGGCAUGCGCGGUCACCCCGCUCGUGCCAGAGUCCGUCUUUUCCUGGGUGA